UCCUAUAGUGAUGAGGCCUCACUGUCGCCUGCAUUUUGUCCUCCGAUACUGUUGGUGGCAGUAAUGCGCGCUGUCGGACUCUGUGAAUGAAAUGAAAAGGGAUGAUGAAGAUGGUAAGCAGAUCAUGGUGGUGUUCUUCGGUAUGGAGAAGAUGGCUUGUGCGGCUAGUUUUGUAGUAUGAAGUGGGACAGUGUGUUCGUACCCGUUCGGCCAUGAUCGCCUUCACUCGGGCGCAGGAGCCGUAUAGCGCGUGGCCCACGGGCAACAGUGUGAAGAAGCCGGCGGACAAGGGGCAUGCACUAACCGGGGAAGAGGCUAAAGGGUUUUACCAGAGCCUGAUAGAGGAAGGCGGGGAUGGAGAGACCGGGAGCAGCAGCAGCACGGGAAACGCGCCCAGGAGGAGAGUAAGAAGACGGCAUCCGCAAGCCGCUACUCCCUCCGAGAGGGAUGGGCACCGGCUGCUGAGAUGCGCCCAGGAGGGAGAUCUGGCGGGGCUCAAGGAGCAACUGGAAAAGAAGGGAUGCAAUGUCAACUUCUGCGAUGCCUAUUACUGGACCGCCAUCAUGUGCGCCAGCUAUGCUGGGCACCUAGACGCCGUGAGGUACCUCCUCCGCAAGGGGGCGGCCUGGGUGGGAGUGGUGGACACCCAGGGUCGGGACGCCCGGGAUCUGGCCGAUCAGGCUGGCCACACAGACGUGGUGCGGGAGCUGGACACGUUUCAGUCCCAGGAAGACAGGCAGAGGACAGACAGUGCCCCGCCCCCAGACCCCCGCUGGUGCUCGGAGUGUGGUACCCAGUACAGCGAGAGCGAGGACCGGCAUUGCAGCUCCACCCUGCACCAGUUCAGCCUGCGCCGGCCACCCCCCACCCCCCACUACUGUCUGCCCCCCACCAACGCCGGCUUUCGCAUGAUGCUCCGGGGCGGAUGGGAGCCAGGGGCCGGACUCGGGCCCUGGGGGACCGGCCCCAAGCGGCCCGUCCGCACUGUGCUGAAGAGGGACCAGGCGGGCCUGGGGUAUGGCCCGACCCCUCGGGCCAGGGUGACGCAUUUUGAGGCUGGGGACACACAGGCCGUGCAGCAGGUCCCUUGCAGGGGCCGCACUGAGCGGGAGGCCACACUGAGCCGCAGGGCCGAGAGGAAGAAAAAGGAGAAAGACAAGAACUGGGAGAGAGACUUCAGAACUUACUGUAACCUUUGACCUCUGUCUUUUGCUAAUGCAAGGCUGUGUCUCUGUGGUACUGCUGUGUUUUCAUUUGUUUUAUAUAAGGUUUUCAUUUGCUUUAUAUAAGGUUUUCAUUUGCUUUAUAUAAGGUUUUCAUUUGCUUUAUAUAAGGUGCUCUGCUAGAAGUGUUGGUUAUGUUUAGCAACUUGAAGUUCAGAUUUCUCAAUCUAUAAUGAGAAUUUAGAUUUAUAAUGGCAUAUAUCUUUGUCUGUUUUUAUAAUGCAUGGGAAUAUGCAGCAGGCAGGUUAACAGCGAUGUUUGCAGAAACCCCUAACAGCAUAGUCACAGAGAGGAUGGUGUGUAUUAGUCAAAGUGCUCUAGUGGUGUAAUUAAGUACUAGUACAGAAUGAAAACUUCAGGAGCUCAUUCUGAGUAAAACUAACGCUGGUUACCAAUAUCGGUGCUAAUUAAUAACAUGAAGUUGCUAACUUGUACUGACCAAUUUUAAAAUCACUUCCACAACAGAGAACACAGGUUAGCGCCACUGAUCGAGCGUUUUCUGUCAUCCACAAAGAGACACAUCAGGUUUCAUUCGAGAUGUGCUUUAUUUCUAUUGCUUUACAGCUAAAGUACAGAUACAUUUUUAAAAAUACGAGGUAUGUUUGUUGUCAUGCAAUUUCAAAUUUCUGGGAAAUUAAAUUUCAGAUAAUACAUAUUUAAACCACAAUUUCAUAUCACUUCUCAAACUCCUGGCAGAUGUAAUCUUUUUUGACUGAGUGCAUUAAUCUAAUGAUGCAAAAUUCAUUUUACAAAAAAAAUCACCUAUCUGAAGAUGCUGUUUCUUUUCUAUGAAGUAUUUUUAAGUGGAUUUUGUAUUUGAUUUCUUAUGAUUAACAAGGUAGAAGUGGAACUAUAA